GGGAUGGCGGCAGCUCCGCUCAGAGUCGGGCCCCGUCGGCGGGAGUUCAGAAGCACUGAGGCCUGGGGUCCUUUCCCGCGGGGCGGCCGAGAAAGGGUGGCUUUGCCAGGGUGGGGCUGGAGCUGCAGGCGGGGGUCGGUGCCCUUCGCACGGUUCCACCCUCCCCCUCCACGGUGGACUCGGCUGCGAAUAUCGCGGUCUUUUCUGACCGUUUCCCACCUAGUACGCGGCGGAGAGGCCUCUCCCGACCGCAUUUCCUGCCCCGGCUCGCAUGGCGCACCAGAAGCUGGUGGUGGUGUUUGGAGCCACGGGUGCCCAGGGAGGCUCCGUGGCCCGGACGCUCCUGGAAGACGGGACAUUCAGGGUUCGAGUGGUGACCCGGGACCCUGGGCAGAAGGCAGCGAAGGAGCUGAGGCUGCGGGGUGCAGAAGUGGUGCAGGGAGACCAGGAUGACGAGGCCAGCAUGGAGCUGGCCCUGAUGGGGGCUCAUGCCACCUUCAUCGUGACCAACUACUGGGAGAACUGCAGCCAGGAGCAGGAGGUCAAGCAGGGAAAGCUGCUAGCUGAUCUGACCAAGCGCCUGGGCCUUCGCUACGUGGUCUACAGUGGCCUGGAGAACAUCAAGAAGCUGACGGCGGGGAGAUUGGCUGCGGGCCACUUUGAUGGCAAAGGGGAGGUGGAGGAAUAUUUCCGGGACAUCGGCGUUCCCAUGACCAGCGUGCGGCUGCCCUGCUAUUUCGAGAACUUACUCUCUUACUUCCUGCCCCAGAAAGCCCCAGGUGGAAAGAGCUACUUGCUGAGCUUGCCCAUGGGUGACGUUCCCAUGGACGGCAUGUCCGUGAGUGACCUGGGUCCUGUGGUGCUCAGUCUGCUGAAGAUGCCAGAAGAAUACGUUGGCCAGAACAUUGGGCUCAGUACCUGCAGGCACACAGCAGAAGAGUAUGCCGCCCUGCUCUCCAAGCACACCGGGAAGGCUGUGCGUGACGCCAAGACAACUCCUGAGGAGUAUGAGAAGCGUGGCUUCCCUGGUGCCCAGGACCUGGCCAACAUGUUCCGUUUCUAUGCCCUGAAACCCGACCGCAACAUCGAACUGACCCUGAGGCUUAACCCCAAGGCCAGGACGCUGGACCAGUGGCUGGAGCAGCACAAAGGGGACUUUGCUGGACUCUGACCUUGCCCACCUCUCAAACCUGUCUGGGGGGACUGGAGGCACAGUCACUGUGAUCCUUUCUUGUUACAAAAAAAUUAUUUUUUAAAUAAAGGCCAUUGUUCUCACA